CAAGAAUCAACUCUUGUCUGAUGUUUUAUUGUUUUAUUUAUUCUGGUUCAACUUAUUUAAAUAUCUUUUCAAAUAUUUCUCAUUCUGUUAAAUUUCUUUUUAAAAUCUAUAGCGUACCACAGCUAGUAUCUUCCCAACCCAACAAAACAAUUCAAACAUAGAUUACGGACAAAUCCAUAACUGUUCGUUGGUUUAAAAUUCGUAUUUGUCUGAUUGUUCAAAGUUAACAAUUCUCUGUUAUUAACUUUGCAAAAUUGUUAGUCUUGCAAAAAAAAAAAAAAAAAAAAAUUGGAAUCUUGGUAGUGGUCAUCUGAACCUGAAGUAACUAAAUCUUUUGGAUCUUUAAUACUUUUUUGAUUUCUUGUUAAUAAAAAUACGAAUAAUGGAAGAAAAUUCUGCGAAAGAUGCUGUCUUUGUGGCUUCUGAAAAGCCCCAAGGAAUGGAUGUUAUUGUUGAAGGUCCCGAUUUCAAUCAUUACGAUGAGCGAAAGAAGAAUGGAGGAUCUGGCAUUUCUGUUGAAGAAUUGAUGCAUUCCUAUGGAAAAAUGGGGUUUCAGGCUACACACCUUAGUCAAGCAAUUGAAAUUAUCAACGAAAUGAAAGACUGGCGUGAUCCCAAUCCCCCAGAAGGAAAGAGUGAGAAGGCUACUAUCUUCCUUGGCUACACCAGCAAUCUGAUUUCUUCCGGUAUCCGUGAAAUUUUGCGUUAUCUGGUACAAAACAAACGCGUUGACGUCCUUGUAACAACUGCGGGAGGUGUAGAAGAAGAUUUGAUCAAGUGCCUUGGUCCCACUUAUCUUGGUGACUUCCACAUGGAAGGAAAGGGUCUUCGCGAAAAAGGAUUGAAUCGUAUAGGUAACCUCAUUGUACCCAAUGACAACUAUUGUCGUUUUGAAGAGUGGCUUAUGCCGAUUUUGAAUAAGAUGGUCGAGGAACAAGAAACUCUUGGUACCCACUGGACUCCUUCUUCCUUCAUUCAUCGUCUUGGCAAGGAAAUCGAUGACGAGAGAAGCGUUUAUUAUUGGGCUUACAAAAACAAUAUACCCGUCUAUUGCCCUGCUUUAACAGAUGGUUCCAUCGGUGAUAUGCUUUAUUUCCAUACCUAUAAGGCCGAUCCACGUCCUAUUAAUCUUGAUAUCGUUGCCGAUAUCCGUAAUGUCAAUUCGCACGCCGUGCGUGCCAACAAAACGGGAAUCAUUAUUCUCGGAGGUGGUAUUGUGAAGCAUCAUAUCUGUAAUGCGAACUUGAUGCGUAAUGGUGCUGACUGGAGUGUGUACAUUAAUUCCGGAAAUGAAUUCGACGGAAGCGAUGCCGGGGCACGACCUGAUGAGGCCGUCAGUUGGGGAAAAAUUCGUUCGGAUGCCAAAAGAGUAAAGGUAUAUGGUGAAGUGAGUCUCCUUUUCCCACUAAUCGUGGCUGCUACUUUUGCAAAGUAAAUUAAAAUCGUAUUCUUUUGGUUUAUUCGUUUAUUAACUAAACCUCAAAAGAGCAAUUACCUGGUAAAGUGUUUCAACUAACUUAAAAAAAAAGAAUAUUUAUCAUAAAUCUAAUAUAGUCACCUCCUAGAACCGCUGUGAGUGCAAUAUCAUCUUGUCUUCUCGAUUGUGAGAUGGCUAUGCGCUAUUACUUCACUCAUGUGUCCCUUAUAAAAGCAUCUAAUAGAUUUAAGUCAAAUAAAAUAUAAUAUUUUCAAUAGUCGAUCUCGCAGGUAUAUUAUUUCUACAAAACAAU